UCCGGAGGAAAGCUUUGCCUCCUACUUUUUUUGUUGGGACCUGGGAGAGAAAUUUAUCCCGCAGAGGUAACGAGGUGGAGGGGGGGAGCAAAAGAAAGAAAGAGGAACAAAUUACAGAUCAUGCACAUUGCUGUUUAGUCGUCUACAAUGCAAGCGGACGUCCUCUCAGCCGUGAAUUCAUACUUUUGUGUGGCAGUGUAACCCUCCCUCUCUCCCAUCAUGCUGAGUUUCCUGCGCAGGACGCUGGGCAGACGUUCCAUCCGGAAACAUGCAGAGAAAAGUCGAUUACGGGAGGCCCAGCGUGCCACGACGCACAUCCCCGCUGCUGGGGAUGCAAAGUCUGUCAUCACCUGCCGCGUGUCCUUGCUGGACGGGACGGACGUCAGCGUUGACCUGCCGAAAAAAGCAAAGGGUGAGGAGCUGUUUGACCAGAUCAUGUACCAUCUGGACAUCGUAGAGAAAGACUACUUCGGACUGCGCUUCAUGGACUCGGCACAGGUUCCGCACUGGCUUGAUGUCACAAAAAGUAUCAAAAAACAAGUGAAAAUUGGCCCACCAUACUGCCUUCACCUGAGAGUUAAGUUUUACUCUUCGGAACCGAACAACCUUCACGAGGAGCUCACCAGAUACCUAUUUGUGUUACAGUUAAAGCAGGACAUCCUCAGUGGAAAGCUAGAAUGUCCAUUUGAAACAGCGGUGGAGUUGGCUGCCUUCUCGCUACAGGCUGAAAUGGGUGAUUGCGACCCAUUGGAGCAUAAUCUGGACCUGGUGACGGAAUUUCGCUUCGUCCCCGAGCAGACAGUGGACGUGGAGCUGGCGAUUUACAACAAAUGGAAGGAGUGCAGAGGUCAGAUGCCAGCCCAAGCUGAAAUUAACUACCUGAACAAAGCCAAGUGGCUAGAAAUGUAUGGGGUGGACAUGCAUAUGGUCAAGGCAAGAGAUGGUAAUGAGUACAGUCUGGGUUUGACGCCCACUGGAGUUCUGGUGUUUGAAGGAGAAACCAAGAUAGGGCUCUUCUUCUGGCCCAAGAUCACUUGUCUGGAUUUUAAGAAGAGCAAACUGACGCUUGUGGUAGUGGAGGAUGACGACCAGGGCAAAGAACAGGAGCACACCUUUGUCUUCCGGAUGGACCACCCGAAGGCCUGUAAGCACCUCUGGAAGUGUGCGGUGGAACACCAUGCUUUCUUUAGGCUGAGAGGGCCGGUGCAAAAGAACUCUGCACGCCCUGGAUUCAUACGCAUGGGAUCACGCUUCAGAUACAGUGGAAAGACGGAGUAUCAGACAACCAAGGGCAAUAAAGCCAGGCGGUCAGCCUCGUUUGAGAGAAGGCCAAGUCGACGUUACUCCAGAAGAACCAUGCAGAACAGAGGAGCUUUCCAUCCUCAGGAGCUUCUUUCCUCAGGCAACGGAGUCAGCUCCAGCAAAGGCAACAAGGCUUCUCCCGGUAGAAGUGCCUGGUCAGCUGUGCCCGUGGUCAGCCCGGCAGCUGCUGCUGCCUGCGCACCGAUGGAAAUCGAAGCUCUACCCAGGAGUCCUGGAGGAGAAAAGAGGAGUCUGCCCAUGGUUGCUGACCUGAUGGAGACGUGCAUUGAUGAUGUCAUCAGGGCUCCUGUCGUUCCCACUGUGACCGCUGCAGACGAGGCCGGACCAAGUAACGCCUAUGCUACCGCUGGUGCCACCGGGGAAGAUCCUCUCAGCCUCGCUGAAGCAGCAGCUCGUCUGAAGCAGCUGGAGUUGGAGAACAGUCCGCUUCUUGGUACUCCAAAAAAUGUCAACGUUAAUAUGGCCAUGAACAAUCAGGAGGAUGUGGUGAAGCUCACAGAGAAGUGUGGUCUGAGCAGUGCAGGCAGUAGUCCAGCUGUCACUCCACUGUGCCUCCCAGAGGAUCUGAAGAGUAACAUCCUGAAAGCACAAGUUGAGGCUGCUGCCCUCAAGGGCUCUCUGGAGGAACAUAUCGUAAUUGUUGGAAAUAAAAACUGUAACUUGCAGGAGGCCUCAGCCAGGCUGAAGGUGCGUACCGGGCGAAUGGGCAGUAACUCGUCUCUGUCCGUCAGCAGUCGCCCCGAAAUCCAAGACUCCUGGGACCUGCUCAAGUCAGCCUCUCUGGUCUCAUCUGCAGGGACCAGUGCCGAGAGGCUCGCUGAAGAUGUAAACCCCUCUGUUCCCAAGAUGCCCUCUGAGUCUGCCAGCGAAGGCAUGGCCCCAAAGGUUAAAGCAGACGAAGUUGACCUGCAAAACGUCGCCACACUGUCUGACAACCUGAUUGAUUUCACUGAUCCGACUCCUAUGUUACCACCAGUGCAGCAGCCCAAACCUCCCAUCACACCUCGCUGGAUCAUUCCUUCUACUGCACCUCCUGGCGUCUUUACUAACGGCCUGCUCGACCUUGACCCCUCCGCUAAGGUCAACCCUCUUCUCCCUGCAGAUGGGGGAGCAGCUCUCACCCCAGUCCUCCCACACCGCGCUCACACACGUAACACCAACUCCGCCAGCACUGUGGGUCAGCAGCCAGCCUCGGAGGAUGGAGCCAAACCCAGAGGUCUCCUGACCACUGAGCUCUGAUGGAGGAAUGAGGAGCGUCUAUCACCACAUUCCCUGCCUGAUACCCCCACCUCACCCACUCACCUCCUCACCCAUCCACACACACCAGCAAGCUGUGCAGGUGCUGAACACUGAAGGGCUCAGAGGAAAGUGGAACAAGGGAAGAGGCAGCUUACAAACACAAGUGCACCCACACUGACAAACAGUUUAGACAAACUGAGCAUAGUAGACAAGAAAACAAUAGAAAUACGACAGUUUUUCAAGAUAACAUGAAACAAAGCCUAGUUUUUUUUGGUUUAAACCAACAUUUAGCUCCAGUAUUAACAUCUUAAGAACACCUAACUUGUGAAUCUCCUGUAUGAGUUCAUUGACAGUGACACUGCAAUUUGCUUAAUCCAUCCAGUCAGCCAAACCUCUGUCUCCCAUAACUGGCAUCAUCUCCUAACGGAUGAAAAGUGAUGACGAGUACAGAGGUGAAGUUGGGGCUGACGCACAAAAAUCUCUUGACACUGUAAGGUACGAAGCUUCUGACUCGAAGGGAAGGUUUGUCUCUUUUAGCGCUGCUUUCCUCUUUUUUUUUUUUUUUUUUUUUUUUUUAUCAUAUUGUUUUAUUUCUCACUUAUUCACACCACUGGAUCCCUGCUACUGUGAGCUUUUUACGUACUCGCACAGAUCACACAGGAUGUAGCGCUGCUGUGCUGAAGUACACUGGAUGAAGGACUGAAAAAAAAAAAUCUCUAAAAAAGAAAGACAGUGACUUUAAAUGUUGAUUCCAAGAGAUAAAAAAAACGCCUGGACUCUUAACAUGAAGUAUUGAUAUGAUUCUGCACUGUCCUCGUAGCACACUACAAA